GCGCUCGAGAGAAAAAAUUUGGGCAUUUGCGCUAGUAUGCGCCUAUUGGAGAGCGAAUUUGAACAAUCACUGAAGAAGAGUUUUCAAAACACAUCAAUCAUAGGCACGGCAUUGUUGAUUAGACUACUGUAAUGCUAAACCUAAAGCACCAUAUUAUCGCGGGUUUUCUAAGCAGUGCUUCGAAGAAGAUUUUCAGGGUAACUUUUGCGAGUAUCCAAAAGUUAUGUCUCACAUCCGUGACAUUAAUUGCGCGUCGCUCUGAAUAUAUAUGUUCCGCUGACAGCAUACUAAUCUGACUUUUAUUUCGUCUUCUAGUUCACACCUGGUUCCACAUUAUCUUCAUCGCAACAAAAAUGACGGAUCGAACUUCAAUGUCAAUGAUUCGUGCGAGCGCAUCCCUAGACGCUCACGAAACUAUGGGUGAUCUUGCUUUCCCUAGCAGCCGUUCCGAACAAACUUCAGCGCGACCAGGGGACGACAUGAAUCACCUGGACACGCGCACGCCGUCGCAAGGCAGUCAUGCUGUGCCAGGGCAGCUGGGCGAAGUGAAUUACCCUGCUGGCGGGCUGCCGCCUCCGAUGGGUCUCAGCACCGGCAUCAAGGGGUUCACCGGGAUUACGUUCCAAGCCAGCCUGCGGAAUAUUCAACCGCACCACCAGCUAGAUGGCGUCCAGCACAGCGGCAACGCUCUUGGCGGCGUGAGUCUGAACCCGAAUAAUGUAACGAAUCAAGACGUGCUUGGUGGGGCUGGGGACGCCAGCGAUAGUGCAAGGAGGCCGCCAAACAUUGCCCUUGCCACGCAAGGCGAUUCGAUGGCAAAGGAGUAUCGACCGCCGGUGGGUCUCACAAUGCCGGUUCUAAGACCCCUCGGCGCACUCGGAGGAGGAGGUUUUUUACAAAGUUUUUCUACGGCAAUUUGAAAAAUAGAACUAGUCCUAAUGCUUUUAUUCGAUGGGAGGCAAUCAUGACUUGUAGGAAAUUGCAUAAGAAAAACAGAGAACGUUGGGACAUGGCUGAUCUUAACGAUGUCAAAGAAAUCAAAUGAAAUGAAAGCGAGGAAAAGGAAGGUAUAGAUGAAGCUUAAACUACAUGCGAUGCGGACUCUACUAGAAAUCUUCAAUUACCAGGCAUUCUAGGAAAGCAGCAGGGAUGUGGAGCGGAUUCACCAUCUGGCGAUGCUGUACAGUCACAGGAGGCGCGGAGCAAGGACGACUCUGCUAUGGCGCAUCUAAAAGCUGUGCGAACUCGUUGUGCGCUGAGCACGGUACCAAUUUUCUAAGCAACAGUGUGUGUUGGAAGAUGUUGUCAGAGUCAAGAAGAUGAAUAUCAAAGACCUAGAACCAACGUUGCUAGAAGUCGGCACAUGCAUAUUACGGAGCAGUAGAGGAAGGAGUCUUCUGGCAGAAUCUGAUUCAACUGAUCUACUUCAUCUUCUCCACCAUAAAUUCACAUGCUCAAUACCUCAACUAAUACGUGAUAGGUCCCGGCCUCAGUCGCAUUGCAAACAUUCAAGAAGUUUUCAAAAGACAGCAAACUUGGGCCAAAUGAAUUUCGAGGAGGGUAUCAAGAAACGUUGAAAAAAUGCAGAAUGGAGCCCGCGCCAGAGUACAUACUCAAUGAAGUUUUCGCCCUUUUCGACAAAGACCACAACGGCGUAGUCGAUAUGAUGGAGCUCUGUUGCGGUACUAAUUCUAAAGCGCCAGCUUCCUCUGCUGUUGAUGAAACACUCCAAUGACAAGGCUCACGAUUCAGUUGGACGCCCGAGUUUUAUUCAUCCACCAUCCACGGCCGCGAUUUCAGGUAUAGCCCUUUUUUGCCAAGGUUCAGAGGAGGAGAAAAUACAUGCAAUUUUUGACUGCUUCGAUGAAAACGGCGACGGCUUCAUCUCAAACGACGAGUUGUGGACCUUUCUCACGGCCGUCUACAAAAUAGUACUUGAGUUGCAAUUUUCUUAGUGGAUUUCUUGCAACUUCAACUUCAUUGCAUUUGUACUUAGAUGAGUAGAGCAUGUGGUUUAUGUUGCUCUUGUUAAUGAACGAGUAAAUAUGUAUAUUUAUAUGAAUAUGAACAUUAGGUAGUCGGGAAAUCGUAGGCAGAUUGCCGAAUAGACUCACAUCAUCGCAAGUAAGUUUAUGAACAUUGAACUUCAUCUCAUCUGACUCUUAGGUACUGACACCAACGGUGGUGAGCGCGAUGAAGGGUAUGGGAGUCGACGUUGAUUCUCCAGAAGAUCUAGCCUCUGUAACUGUGUUGGAAUGCUUCAAGCAGAGUGAUACCAACAAGGCUGGAAAACUGAAUGUUGAAGAGUUUAAAAGUUGGUUUUAUGCUCCAAAAAGUGAUCCAGCUUUUAUGUACAACAUUGGCAAAAUUCUGCAUUCAUGAUUGAACACAAUCAAGGAAGACGAAGGCUUGUGUUUGUCGGCCACUCUAUGGAAAUGGAUACUGAAGAUGAAAAAGGACGAUGCCGGUACCGGUACUCCGGUUUGCGCGACUGUCUAAUCUGCUCCACACUGUAUAAUAAAAUUUUUCAAGUGAGUAGCGAGGGACCACUCAAGCUGAGACAACAUAAACCAAGAAGUACCCACCCAGCAUCGUUACGAUUGAUUAAUUAU